AGAGAGCGAGAACAAAGAAAAUGGCCAAUGUAACACAACCAUCACCACUCGAAUAACACAUCAUCCAAACCUUGAGGGCUUCCUUCCACUCGCUCCUUAAUUAAAGAUUUACGCUCUCUCGGAUGCAUAUCCCGGACCCGUUUUAACAUGCGUUUUCCUCAGCGGAGAUACUGUUUUCAAUAAGCUGCCGAAAAAGAAAAAAAAAUCUUUUUUUUUUCCCACUCUUGUCCAACCUUUCAAAAACGCGGGAAAGAACUAAUAUUAAAAAAAAAAUGUCAAAAUUCAUUGUGGAUCACAUGGAAGACGGCAUGCACGAAUGGUGCGUGUUGGAGUACAAGCACAUGAUUAUGGUUGUUGGCAAGGACAACAUGUACUUUUCGUCCUUGUCCGAUGCUUGUUUGGCCACCAUGCCCGAGGAACUCAAGGAGGCCCACUUACACAAGGAAGACACGAUGCACUUGCCCGGCAUUGAUCCCAAAGAGAUUUGUUUGUUGGACCCUUCUGCUACCGAGCCUUUGAAGCCUGAGGACGCCGAUACUUACAAGUACUUUUUGUUCGGUGGUAUCCUUGGUGACGACCCACCAAGAGAUCGCACCAAGGAAUUGCGCAAGCUUGGAUUUGCUGGAAGACAUCUGGGUCCUAUCCAGAUGUCGACGGAUACCGCGGUUAAUGUGACUAAGCGCGUCGUUGUUGAUAAAGUGCCUUUGGAUAAGGUGCCUUACAUUGAUAGUCCCGAAGUAUUCUUCUCGAAACACGAAUCCGUCAACCUGCCAUACCGCUACAUUGCCGAAACCAAGGAAGUCACCACCAAGGACGGUCAGAAGAAGACGAUUCGCAAGCCCAUCAUGCCACCCGGUAUGAUGGAGCUCAUCAAGAAGGACAGUGAGCGCACGUUGGACUUUUAAUCAAAACUGCUCUUGAUCCCCACAUAUAUUUUUGACGUUCUCCCCAUCCAAUAUGCUCUUUCUUCGUCACCUUUAUUUUCCACCUACCCACAUUUUUAAACCAUGCAACACACAUAUGCAGCGCUCUUGUACAGUAAUAAUAAACAAACCAAAGAAACCCCUUUCUUUCUCUGCAAAGAAAGUUGUACGUAC